AUGGUUAAAAAAGCAGUAGAUUCGCGGAUUCCAGCUCUUAUUCGCAAUGGAAUUCAAGAAAAAAACCGGAGCUUUUUUGUUGUUGUUGGGGAGAGAGCUAAAGAUGUUAUUGUCCAUCUCCACUACAUUAUGUCAAGCAUGGAUAUGAAGCAAAAUAAAUCAGUUCUCUGGGCAUAUAAACAUAAACUUCUUGGAUUCACUAGCCACCGCAAAAAGCGCGAAAAUAAAAUCAAGAAAGAAGUAAAAAGAGGCAUCAGAGAAGCGAAUACAGAGGAUCCCUUUGAGCUGUUUGUAUCUUUACAUAAUAUUCGAUAUGUAUAUUAUAAAGAGACCGAGAAAAUACUAGGUAACACCUACGGAAUGUGUAUCUUGCAGGACUUCGAAGCAAUUACACCUAAUCUCUUGGCAAGGACCAUUGAAACUGUGGAGGGCGGUGGAAUGUUGAUUCUUUUACUCAAGGCACACGAUGAAGUCGUUGCAAGAUUUAAUGAAAGGUUCAUAUUAUCAUUAGGAAAGUGCGAAUCUUGUCUCGUUAUCGAUGAUGAACUCAAUGUUCUACCUAUAUCUGGAGGUAAGAAUGUAGUGGCGCUCCCACCUCCAGACCUAGAUGAAGCCAAAAGCGAAUCCCAAAUCGAAUUGGAAAAGACAAAGGAAGAGUACAACGACAAACAACCCAUCGGAUCCUUAAUCGCCAUUUCCAAGACUACAGAUCAAGCGAAGGCCUUGUUAUCUUUUGUUGACGCUAUCACAGAGAAAUCUUUGCGAGGAACCGUGACUCUUACAGCUGCUAGAGGGCGUGGAAAGUCAGCAGCUCUCGGUGUCGCAAUAGCAGCUGCAGUUUCUCAUGGUUACAGUAAUAUAUUUAUUACUUCACCAAGCCCUGAAAAUCUGAAAACACUCUUUGAGUUUAUUUUCAAGGGAUUCGAUGCCUUAAAUUAUCUAGACCAUGAGGACUAUUCCAUCAUUCAGUCAACAAAUCCUGACUUUAACAAAGCUAUAGUCCGCGUUAAUAUUCAUAGACAACAUCGGCAAACUAUACAAUACAUUAGACCUCAGGACGCACAAGUUUUGGGUCAAGCGGAGCUACUUGUCAUCGAUGAAGCAGCAGCUAUUCCAUUGCCCUUAGUACGUAAACUUAUGGGACCGUAUUUGGUAUUCAUGGCGUCAACAAUCAACGGUUACGAGGGAACAGGAAGAUCAUUGUCCUUGAAGCUUAUAAAGCAACUUCGCGAUCAAUCGAGAGUAGUUAGUAAACCUAGCAAAAGUGAUAUGGUAUUAGCAGACCGCUCGACAGGAAAAUCCGCUAAGCUUCACGAUCCAAAUUUUGGAGGGAGUAGGACACUUCGUGAAGUAACAUUACACGAACCAAUCCGAUAUUCAAAAGGGGACCCGGUCGAAAGAUGGCUCAAUUCUCUCCUUUGUCUCGACGCUACACUUCCCAGAUCUUCCCUUAAUACGUCGCAAGGAUGUCCUGAUCCUUCACAAUGUGAACUACUCAGCGUUAAUCGAGAUACGCUUUUUUCAUUCCAUGAGGUUUCAGAAAAAUUCUUACAACAAAUAAUUGCCUUAUAUGUGGCCAGUCAUUACAAAAACUCUCCAGAUGAUCUCCAAUUAAUGAGUGACGCUCCUGCGCACAGGGUAUUUGUCCUUGUACCACCAGUACGAGAAGAUAUGAAGCACCUACCAGAGCCAUUAUGUGUGAUACAGGUUGCUCUAGAAGGUAAGAUAAGUAGAGAGAGUGUUAUGAACAGUUUAAGUAGGGGAAAAAGGGCAGCAGGAGACCUUAUUCCGUGGACUGUGAGCCAACAAUUUCAGGAUGACGAGUUUGCUGGGCUAUCCGGGGCCCGCAUUGUCCGAAUAGCCACAAAUCCAGAGUACAUAAACAUGGGAUACGGGUCUAAAGCUCUUGAACUGUUAAUUGACUUCUACGGAGACAAAUUUACAAACUUGUCCGAGACCAAAAUUGGAAGAGGCGAGGAAUCAAUUAAGAGAAUCACAGACACCGAGCUUGCUAACUCAUCCUUACUUACCGACGAUAUUAAAGUUAGAGAUAUCACAACUAUGCCACCACUUUUCUCCAAAUUAUCAGAUCGUCUCCCUGACAGACUAGACUAUGUCGGAGUGAGCUUUGGUUUGACUCAGCCUCUCCACCGCUUCUGGAAGAGAGCUGCAUUCGCACCUGUUUACUUAAGACAAACUCCGAAUGAGCUAACUGGAGAGCACACUUGUGUCAUGAUAAAGCCCCUUGGGACUAAUAUCUCCUGGCUAGGUUCCUUUUCAAGAGACUUUGAACUACGCUUUCUGAAGCUUCUCAAAUACCAGUUCAAAGAAUUUCCCUCCAUAUUGGCUCUCAGCAUUGAUGAGUCAGCUAGCCUUGGUGCAAAGUUUGAUGAAUCCGACCAAACUCGAUCAUUUUCAAAGGAGGAUCUUGAUCGUAUGAUGUCUCCAUUUGAUUUAAAAAGGCUUGAAUCAUAUGCAAAUAAUAUGCUAGAUUACCAUGUGAUACUUGAUCUAGUUCCGGACCUCGCCUUUGCCUAUUUCAAUGGUCAGCUUAAGUCAAACCUCAAAUUAACUGGUAUUCAGUCUUCAAUUCUUCUGGCUAUUGGGUUACAAUGUAAAGAUUUGACGGAUGUUGAGAAAGAACUUUCAUUACCAUCUUCACAGCUUCUCGCUAUGUUCAUUAAAAUCAUGCGUAAGAUCAGUUCUCAUUUUGCGGAAUUAGUGUCCGAUUCGCACGAAGCCAACAUGCCUGCAAGAGAGGCUAUUGGUGUAAGUAGAGCAGAUGCGAACGCAGCUCUGGACGAUGAGGUCAUCGAUACUCAGUACGUAGCUCUAGAGACAAAUUUAGAGGAAGAGCUUGAAGAGGGUGGAAACGAGGCCUUAAAAGAACUUAAGGAAAAACAAAGGGAGUUGAUAAAUGCUCUUCCCUUAGACCAAUAUGAAAUCGAGCAGGGGGCCCCAGGCUGGGCUGAUGCCGAGAAGCAAGUACUUAAGGCUUCAAAGAGUGGUAAAAAAAACCCAGUCGUCAGUAUCAAGGGUAAAAAGUUAAAGCGGAAGGUGUCAGAAACAGCCGCAGAAAUAUUUGAAUCAGAAAUUGGGGAAAAAAAUUUGAAGAAGUCAAAAAAAUUACAUAGAAAUUAA